AUGAAGUUGGUCCAGCUUUGCUUUCUCUUCUGCUGCUGGACAGCAAUCUGCUGCAACUGCUGCGAGCUGACCAACAUCACCAUCACGGUGGAGAAAGAGGAAUGUGGCUUCUGCAUAAGCAUGAACACCACAUGGUGUGCGGGCUACUGCUACACCCGGGAUCUAGUGUACAAGGAUCCAGCCAGGCCCAACAUCCAGAAAACAUGUACCUUCAAGGAGCUGGUGUAUGAGACAGUCAAAGUGCCUGGCUGUGCUCACCACGAAGACUCCCUGUAUACGUACCCAGUAGCCUCUGAAUGUCACUGUGGCAAGUGUGACAGCGACAGCACUGACUGCACCGUGCGAGGCCUGGGGCCCAGCUACUGCUCCUUCAGUGAAAUCAAAGAAUAA